GCGUCUUCUAUCAGCAAAUUAUGGAAAUGGACCUAAUAAUUUCUCCUCAAAAAGUUGUUGUUUUCAACAGUAAUUUGUAAACUCAUUCUUAACUUAAGCAUAGCAAUAUGGUGCAUGUAUUUUGUAACCAACAAGUUUGGUUCUAACAUGGCUAAGAUGCUGUGUGGAGGAGCUUCAUGUUCUUCUGCUUUUGGCCGUGGGUGGACAUAUGAUGUGUUCUUGAGUUUCAGAGGUGAAGACACAAGGAGAAGCUUCACAGGGUCUCUGUAUCAUGGUUUGCGCCAAAGGGGUAUCAAUGUUUUCAUAGAUGAUGAGAAGCUUAGGAGAGGGGAAGAGAUAUCCCCUGCUCUUGUUGGAGCCAUUGAGGGGUCUAGGAUUGCCAUCAUUGUGUUCUCUCACAACUAUGCAUCCUCCACUUGGUGUCUUGAUGAACUUGCAAAGAUCCUUGAGUGUUACAGAACAAGGGGGCAACUUGUUUGGCCGGUCUUCUUCCACGUGGACCCUUCUGUGGUGCGCCAUCAGAGAGGAAGCUUUGGGACUGCAAUGGCUAAGCAUGGAGACAGAUUCAAGGGUGAUGUAGAAAAGUUGCAAAAGUGGAAGAGGGCCUUGUUUGAGGCUGCCAAUUUGUCAGGUUGGACCUUAGAAAAUGGGUAUGAAUUUGAGCUUAUCCAAGAGAUCAUUGAGGAGGCCUCUAGAAAAUUGAAUCACACCAUUUUGCAUAUUGCUGAAUACCCAGUUGGAAUAGAGACUCGCAUAUCAGAAGUGAAGUCACUUUUGCAUAUUGAACCUGGUGAAGAUAUUCGUGUCAUUGGAAUAUAUGGACUCGGAGGCAUAGGCAAAACAACAACAGUGAGGGCCUUAUACAACUUGAUUGCUGGCCAGUUUGAGGCUACAAGUUUCCUUGCUGACAUAAGAGAAAGUUCAAAUCAAAGACAAGGCUUAGUGCAACUUCAAGAAGCACUUCUUUAUGAUACAGUCGGAGACAAGAACAUAAAGCUGGGAAGUAUUUAUAAAGGAAUCCCUAUUAUAAAGAAAAGGCUAUGUUGCAAAAGAGUACUUUUGAUUCUUGAUGAUGUUGACAAGUUGGAACAGCUUCAAGCACUAGCAGGAGGACGCGAUUGGUUUGGUUUCGGAAGUGUGAUCAUUAUAACAACAAGAGAUAAGCACUUGCUAGCUGCUCAUCAGGUUGAGAAAACAUAUGAAGUAAAGAAAUUAAACCAUGAUGAAGCUUUUGAACUGUUCACUUGGAGUGCCUUCAAAAGGAAGGCACCUGAUGCAGGCUAUUUGGAGAUUUCUAACCGUGUGGUGCUCUAUGCUGAGGGGCUUCCAUUGGCCUUGAAAGUAAUGGGUUCUAAUUUGUUUGGUAAAACAGUGGAAGAGUGGAAAUCUGCACUAGGAAAGUAUGAAAAGAUUCCCAACAAAGAGGUUCAGAAUGUACUUAGAGUAACCUAUGAUAAUCUAGAGGAGAAUGAGAAGGAAAUUUUCCUUGAUAUAGCAUGUUUUUUCAAAGGGGAGACAAUUGAAUAUGUAGAAAAGACGCUGCAAGCUUGCGGUUUCUAUCCAAAGUUUGGCAUUAGUGUACUUAUUGAUAGAUCUCUUGUUAGUAUUGAUGAAUACAACAGAUUGAAAAUGCAUGAUCUGAUACAAGACAUGGGUAGGGAAAUUGUUAGAGAAGUUUCACCAUUAGAGCCUGGUAAGAGGAGUAGACUGUGGUACCAUGAAGAUGUUUUUGAAGUACUCUCUGAAAAAACGGGGACUUACAGAAUUCAAGGCAUGAUGGUGGACCUCCCUGAUCAAUAUAUGGUACACUUGAAAGAUGAUUCCUUCAAAAAGAUGAAAAAUCUUAAAAUUCUUAUAGUUCGAAAUGGACAAUUUUUUGGAAGCCCCCAACAUCUUCCAAACAAUUUAAGGUUGCUUGACUGGAUGGAAUAUCCUUCAUCAUCUUUACCAUCUAAUUUUCAACCAAAGAAACUUGUUGUACUCAACUUGUCACGCAGUCGUUUUACAAUGCAAGAGCCAUUCAAGUAUUUUGAUUCGUUGACUUCUAUGGACUUGAGUUACUGUGAAUUGUUGACAAAACUUCCUGACGUAUCCAGAGUCCCAAAUUUAACAGAACUAAAUCUUGAUUAUUGUACAAAUUUAGAAGAGGUUCAUGACUCUGUUGGAUUCCUUGACAAACUUGUUGAGUUGAGAGCUUAUGGAUGCACCAAGCUUAAGGUUUUUCCAAGUGCCAUCAGGUUGACAUCACUGAGAAAUCUUUUCCUUAAUUGGUGCUCAAGCCUUCAAAAUUUCCCAGCUAUUUUGGGGAAAAUGGAUAACCUCAUAUCCAUUUCUCUAGAAAGCAGUGGUAUAGAAGAAUUGCCUCCUUCCAUUGGAAGUCUUGUUGGACUUCAAGAACUUAGCAUGACAUCUUGCUUAAGCCUCAAGGAACUGCCUGACAACAUUGAUAUGUUGCAAAAUCUUAGAAACCUUGAUAUUGAAGGCUGUCCACAACUUCGAAGUUUUCUAGCAAAGUUGAGAGACAUGGGAGACUCUACCCCUACCUUUGGUAACAUUCAGUCACUGAAUCUAGAAAACUGUGGCCUCAUAGAUGAAGAUCUUCCAAUAAUUUUCUAUUGCUUCCCAAAUAUGGCAUCAUUAGUCCUUUCAGCAAAUAAUUUUGUAGCUCUUCCAAGCUGCAUACAAGAAUUUGCUUUCAUGGAAUUACUUCACUUGGACAACUGCAAAAAACUCCAAGAAAUUCGGGGUAUUCCUCCUAACUCACAGUACAUUAAUGCUAGAAAUUGCACAUCAUUGACUUCAGAGUCAUCAAACUUAUUACUGAGCCAGGAGACUUUUGACGCAUGUGAAUUACAAGUUAUGGUGCCUGGAACAAGGGUUCCAGAAUGGUUUGCUCACAUCACCAAAGGUGAAUAUGUGACAUUUUGGGUACGUGAAAAGUUUCCAGAAAUUAUCUUUUGCUUUGCUCUUGCGGUAGAGAGUGAAAUGAAGGAAAGUUUCGAUUGCGAAAUCCGGUUUUAUAUAAAUGGUGAUGAAGUUUAUGAAUUGGAAAUACCAAGGUGCUUUUCAGAUAUGAUGACAGAUCAUUUGUGGCUGUAUGACUUAAGAACUAAUCCAUCCAUCCAGUGGCAUAGUCUUGAUUUAUAUCUAAUGAAUGACUGGAAUCAGAUUGAGAUUUCAUGUGAGAAGAUAAGUGGAGCAUCAAAUGUGACUGUGAGUUGGUGUGGAGUUCAUGUGUGUAAGCAAGAAGCUAACAUGAAGGAUAUUUUAUUUACAGAUCCUAAUCUAGAUUUAGAUCCAAGCAGACACGCUGAGAAUAUUGGUACAGAUUUGGAUACAAACAGUGAAGAAAGCACAAAGUCAAUUGAAGAUUCCCAAUUUUUCAUGAGAGUAGAUGAUAACUGCUACAAUUUGAAUAACUUGGAAGGUUGUGUGACACCGGAUAGGCAAGUGAAGGAGUGGUGGAAAAUAAGUGAAGACACAGAAAGUAAUGUAUCUGCAUGCCACACUGACAUGGAUCAGAGCCAAGAAAAGAAUUUAUUGCAUGAAAAACCAUUGGAUGGUGUUAUUAAAGAUUCAAUUGCUUCAUUGUAUCUUGGAGACAAUGCUAGUGUCAAAGCUUCUAAAUCAAACAUACUGGCUGCUGAUCAUCCAGUGAAAACUCAACCACAAUCCCAGGUCACAAGUUUUAGACUGAUACCAAAUGUUCAUGCACCAAGGGCUACUGUAUCCUUGGACAAAGUUACUAGAGGGGAGCCACCUCAAAAUACCAACUCCACCAUGGUGCUGCCAACAACCCUUGACUUGAGAAAUCAAACCAAUUUGAUUAUAAAUGAUACAGACAUGGAAGCAUUUUAUGCUGUUCUGGAGGCUGAAACCUCUAUGGUUUCACUUAGCAAUGACUCUAGAAUUUUUUCUGAAUUGACCAACAAAAUGCCAAGUGAAGAGACCAAGAAAGCAUUGAAGACACUCCAGGACUUCGUCACCAAAGACUUUUUAGUCUUGUUGGGCCCUAGUGAGUACAGAACCAUGAAAGAUACCUUAGACUACCUCACCAAUUUACCAGCAGAAGAUGGCAUAUCAGUGGAAAUGAGAUCAUUGAUAAUACAAGUUUCAAGACAGUUCACUCAUUGGAGUUGGGAUUACACAUGUGAAAGCAAGAAAAUAGAAUCUACCACAGCCAAGUUGUUGAAAGCUGAUGAACUAGAAGAGGGUCUUGAAGCUAAUAAGAGCCACUUCAAGGAAGUCAUGUGCUUAGAAAAUGAGUUGUGCAGUGAAUUGGCCUAUUUGGAGGAAAGAAAGAAGGAGCUAGAAGAGCAAAUAAAUGCUGUUAAAGCUAACAUAUCUGCUUCACAAGCAGCUAGGAACAUGGCUACUCAAAGAAAGAGAGAAAUCUUUGGGGAAGCAAAAAUUCUAAAAGCUCAAAGAGAUGAGUUAAGGGAACAAGUGCCACACUUGAGAGAUGAGCAGGAAUUGGCAAAGCAAAUUCAGGCAAAUAUCAGAGAUGAAUGGUCAAAGCUUGGAGAAAAAUUUAACAUCAGCUUAAGGCACGAAGAGUUUGAUUGAUUUCUGGCUUUCAAGUCAUAGAUGAGUGAACUAAUAUUCUAAUGACAUAGUAGCACACUUUCAUACCAUUACUGCAAUUUUCUUUUUAAACUGUAGCUUUAUUUAACAAAACCAGUUAUUUUCUGUUAAUAUUUAUGGUUAUCAUAUUUUUUUUAUAAAAAA